AUGUCUUCCGAGUCCCCAGCUCUUUUGCCAGCGCCUUACGAUGAAGAAACGAUAGUCACCCAAUUGACCUCUAUUUACACCUUACUUCACAAGCUGAGCUACUACUGCCCCGGGGACGUUGUAUUCCCUCCGGCAGGUGGCCAUACCAUCAAUGAGGAGCUAUGCUAUGAGCUCCUUCUUACUCCAGAGGUAGUAUCUCUUAUAAAGAAGAUUCCCUAUACGGUUGGCGGCUACGAAAAACCACCUUUAUUACAAUCCCGUGCCUAUGAAUAUCUUAAUGAUGACGAUAUCCGGAAUGGCCGCGAUCCUGAAAAUACUGGCACGAGUGAACCGUUAAGAAUGGAUUUUUUGAAACCAUGGGAGAUUGCACUGACUUGCUGGGUGCAAAUGGAUGAUGGAUUCUCAGUCAUUCUGAAUAUCAAGUCAAAUAUCAUUCAAAUCAUAGAUGGAUCUAAUUAUGGUGAUGAGAAUGACUUCCGGGCCUCGGAGGAAAGCAAGGCCUACCAUGCCCCUACCUACCUCCCUGGAAUUAUCGAUGAUAUUUUUAAUUUACAAUAUAUCUAUACUACCGAUGGAAAUAUUAUCCACCCUGAGUCACCGGAGCAAAUUCAAAUAAGGCGGAUUCUGACCGGGGAGUAUGGUUGGGGGUCGGAUUUUCGGGAGGAGGACUGGCGACGAGAGGGAGAGGAUACCUGCCAAAGGAUAUCGGAUGUGCAAAUGGAAAUGUGGGAGGUGUGA